GUGGGCUGAGCGGGACCAAGGAGGGAUUGUUUCGUUACUGCCCCCAACGCAGUGACGAAAACCAGCGAGUCAACCAGCAGCAGUUACUCGCUCUCAAUUCCCAUUUUCCGAACCUCUAGCACGACAACCAUCGGAGGUUUCGAGGCACUGCCGCUUCGAGGUCCGCUUGAUUGCACGCUUCGGCGGACUGGCCAUGUUCAUCACGUUACGAAAUUCAGCCGGCCGGGAUGAAGCUGGCGGCGGGAUGGAGCAAGUUGCGCGACGCAACGCAGGUCCUGGAGUUUCCAGAGACCGCGCCCAUCUCGCCCGCCGCCCGGCUUGUGUCGCCUGCCAGACCAAGAAGCUCCGGUGCACUGGCAGUCUCCGCAGAUGUGACCGGUGCCGUGCCAGGGGGGUCGAAUGCGUGCCCGCGCCGAGUUCCCGACGCAAGCGCUCGUCGCAGCCGAGCAGCUCGUCAAGGCCCGCCUUGGAAAAGCUUGGCGAUGCGCCUCCCGAGCUGGUUGACCCUGUGCGAUCAUCCCAUUCUGGCGAUGUGUUUCCAGCGGACGGGUCAGAUCUCCGUUCAUCCAAGCCGCCUCAGCCGCCCGGCAGCACCGCCCUGGGGACCUCUGCCGGUGCUGAUCUGCUUGGCGGCGAUUCCUUCGGCUGUGGGUUCGCAUUGGAGGAUCCGGGUGACGAGGACUGGGCAGCGGGCCACACGGAUACCGCGCCGGUGGGCGUGGCCGACCGCCUCCACAUUGAGGGGGAUGAGCUUGUCGAGGCUCAAUCCGGCAUAGGCAUCACCAACAGCGGAGGCCGCGACAUACAUCAGCUGAACGAGUCACCCGAGGACGCCUUGGGCUCCUCCACAUCCACUGCUGCAGCCCAAUCUAGUGCGCUCUCGGGCGUGACGCCUCCGCCGAAUGCAAACCGAACCAGUUCAGCGUCAUGCUCCUGCCUAGGCGACCUGGUCCGCGUCGUGCAGCAGCUCGACGACGACGAGUUCCGCCUCAAGACCAUGUCACUGGACCAGGUGCUGCAGCUGCAGAAGUGGCUCGUCUUCCAGUGCUGCAGGCCCCUCGACUGCCCGGACUGUCUCGAUCUCCCCACCGUCCACACGGUGCAGCUCAUCAUCUGCGAGCGGCUGACUGAGAUGUUCGAAUGCAUCCAUCUGCGCAUUAAGAGGACGGGCGCCAUCUUGAGCGGACGCCUGCCGAGCAGCGACCCCAGCAGCGCCCAACCAACGCCGUCUCCGGACUCGCAUACUGCUUCUGCUUCCGCAUUGUCUGACCAUUCCCACGACCCCGUUCCGCCCGUUCCACCACCGCCGCCACCACCAUCAGCCUCGGCAGCGGCGGCGCGGGCGGCGUUUGGCUCCAAGCCCCUGCCAGCCCAGCUCUUCUGCGGUCUGUCCGGGCGCGCAGCCAACAGGGCCCUGUGCAGCCCGCUGAUGUUCUCGGACGAGCUGCGGGCCCAGUACUCGGACGAGGAGCAGGCGCACAUGAUCCGCGUGCUCCUGAGGCUGCAGGUCAAGUACUUCCAGAAACUGCUGCUGCGAGUCGAGAGCACGCGCCAGGUCGCGGAGAGCCGAGCGCGCCGGUCGAGGGUGCAGUCCAUGAUGGCGCGCCUCGCCCAGGCGGCCGCGGAUAUCGAGGUCGCCUUGCGCGUCGUCUUUCAGGCCUUGUCCGCCGGCGGCGGGCAGUAGCUGAUUACCUAGCGGGAGAGGAGGUCUGAGCCGUCAAUUUGUUGGUAAAUCGGUAACUAACUAAUUCCAAUAUCUGUACCGCCGAGCAGUAGUCCCGGCGCCCUCACUUUCCUCCUUCACAGCAUCCCGGCGGCGAAUUCCAGAUCGCACCACAAAUCAAGCACCUUAAACAGUACAUGGCGACACAAUGAGAGCUCAGCCCCAUCUGGCACCCCCUCUCCUGGCCUGAAAGGGGAACGCAGGCACUGUGCAGGACAUUCUCAGGUCACCAACGUCUUCAACCCCGGGUCACCUCGAACAAAACACUGCCGAAAACGUCAACACAACAGCUGGCCGGAAUAGGAAACAUCAGGUAUGCUCGAAGAGUGCACCCUGAUUACGAAUACAUUCAAACUUCCAGGGACU